AAUGCAGGAGGGCGGCGGUAUUCCCGCCGCGUUGCUGUGCGUGGUGUGGUGUGUGGUGGCGGUGCUGGGGACGUGGCAGAGGAGACUGGUCGCGAUGCCUGAGCCGGCUAAGUCAGCGCCCGCGCCCAAGAAGGGCUCCAAGAAGGCGGUGACCAAGACGCAGAAGAAGGGCGACAAGAAGCGCAAGAAGAGCCGCAAGGAGAGCUACUCGAUCUACGUGUACAAGGUGCUGAAGCAGGUGCACCCCGACACGGGCAUCUCGUCCAAGGCCAUGGGCAUCAUGAACUCCUUCGUCAACGACAUCUUCGAGCGCAUCGCGGGCGAGGCGUCGCGCCUGGCGCACUACAACAAGCGCUCCACCAUCACGUCGCGGGAGAUCCAGACCGCCGUGCGGCUGCUGCUGCCCGGCGAGCUGGCCAAGCACGCCGUCUCCGAGGGCACCAAAGCUGUCACCAAGUACACCAGCUCCAAGUAAGCUGCCUCUGCGCUCUGUGCCAGACCCUCUCAACCCAAAGGCUCUUUUAAGAGCCACCCACUUUUUCACUGAAAGGGCUGUAUGAUCUCUAAGAGAAGGGAGAAAAAAUGAUCUGGAAUGUUUUCAUUGUGUGUAUUUGCAGUCUGUUUUCUAAAGUAAAUGUGAAUUACUAGUAAAUAGUAACUUAAUUCCUGUAAAAGCGUAUCAUCCAGUUUUAUGGCUUUUUAUCUCAGCAACUGAUGUCUAAGUGUAACCAAACUAAAUAUAUAACUAUACAGAUCCUGAAUAAUACAGUAUUAUAUGUGUGUGUGUGUAUAUAUAUAUAUAUAUAUAUAUACACUAUACACUUCCUGGAUGGCACCAAUAAGUUCUCUGUUUGUAAUUAAAUUUCUGUUUUAAGGUUAUAGUGUGUAUACAUACUGUACAUCACAUCCCAGUCAGUACACUUAUGUUUCAGUAUUUUUAAGUGUUUAAGUAAUAUCCAUUGUAAGCUGGGAAAAAAAAACAAUUUUGCAAGUUUUAGGCCUCUAAGAAAGAAUGUGUGUGUAUAUAUAAAUAUAUAUAAAUAAUUUUGUCUAUGAAAGUAAUAGCUGUAACAAUAUCUACCACUUGAGGGUCCUCUAAUUUUUCCCUAUUUUCUUUAGCAGAGGGAAAGCAAGGGACCACAAAUGCUCUGUACUGUAAAACAAUUUCUAAACUGUAAGAAUUUGUUUUUCUCAGUAAUGUACUACUAGAGAUAAGAUUGGAAUGACAUUUGUUUUCAGAAAGAAUAUGAUGCAACCCUCAAUAUUUGACAAGCAUGUAGUAAUCAAUACAACACAGAAGUCCUUAUUAAAAGUGGUUUCUUGUCUUUAGCAAUUUUCUUGAUAAUUCUAAUUAUGUGGGUUUUAAAGUAAUUUGUGCAAUGAGCACAGCUCCUCUUUUAAAGGACCCCAAAAGCUGAGGUAGUGAAUGCCUUUACCUUACUCUGUACUGCUAAGACCAGCCCUAAGAGACCGGAGAGAAAGUCUGGAAAAAGGAAGACUUUCCCUUGGUGAAGGAGGAUCAGGUUAGGGAUCACAGCAAACUGGACAUACGCAAGUCCAUAGGCCCUUUUAGGGCAUGAGAUACACCCACAAGUGCUGAGGUAGCUGGCUGAUGUUACUACAAGGCACACUCAGUCAUCUUUGAAAGGUCACAGCAAUCAGGAGAGGUGCCUGAGGACUGGAAGAAAGCAAAUGUCAUUCCAAUCUUCAAGAAGAGCAGGAAGAAGAACCUAGGGAACUACAGGUGAUGGAGUGACUAAUCCUGUGUAUCAUUUCCAACCCCAGCAAGGGCAAGAAGGUGAUUAAGAGUAGUCAGCAUAGAUUCACAAAGCAGAAAUCAUGCUUAACCAACCUGACAACUUUCUAUGAUGGAAUGACUGGCUGGGUCAAUGAGGGAGAGCAGUGGGUGUUGUCCACCUUCACUUCAGUAAGGCUUUUGACAUUGCCCCCCAUAACAUCCUCAUAGGCAAGUUGAUGAAAUAUGGGCUAGGUGAGCAGACAGUGAGGUGGAUUGAAAACUGGCUGAAAGGCUGAGCUCAGAGGGUUGUGGUCAGUGACACCAAGUUCAGUUGGAUGCCAGUAACUUGCGAUGUAUUCCAGGGCGUCAAUACUGGGUCCAGUCCUGUUCAAUUUAUUCACCAGUGACCUGGAUGAAGGGGCAGAGUUGACCCUCAGCAAGUUUGCUGAUGAUACAGAACUGGGAGGAGUGGCUGAUAAAACAGAGGGCUGUGCUGCCAUCAGUAUGGAUGGAAACUGGAAUAUGGAAGUGUGGAAACUAUGCUUUAGAGUUUGCAUUCUGAGCCUCUGCAUAUGUCCAGCAUAUAAGAAUGUGAACAAAACGUGAUUUAUUCCAUUCUCCAUGUUUUUGUAUAAUGGGGUGUGCAGGUGGCCAGAAAUUGAAUCUAGAAAAUAUCAUAAAAUCACAUGACAGAAUAUUCUUCUAUCUUUCAUGCCAUUAAUGGCCUUUACAAUUCAGUUUAGUUUUCUUUGUCGUCUUCAAGCCACUCCACACAGACUGCAUCAUUCAGCAGCAGGAAGAUGGCACAGUGUUCAGAAACAUAAUCUUGGGAAGUGCUGCAAUGCAUUAUCUUUAAACAGGCCUUUUAUACUGUAUUUUAUCAACUGACUAUGCCUAUCUAUUUUAAAUCAUGGGUACUGAAAUAUAGGGUAUAUUUAUUAGCUGUUAUACCAAUCUUUUUUUUUCUUUCUUUUUUUUUUUUUUUAAGACCGGUACCAUUUUGUGUAUCAUAUGCUCAGGGUUAUAUUACAGUUUAUUCCUGCACUGCAUUACCAACCAUAAAGAAUACUGGAAAACAGCCCAAACCACUGCAAAAAUGCUGUUAGUUCAUUAAACAGAAAAAAUAUUUAACAGACUUACUACAGCAUUUUUGAAGACUUUCUUUUAUAGAUUGGAAUAUCUGCAGUGUGAUUUACAUCUAUCAGUCAUGCUGUUUAACAACAAAAAUCAUGCCUUUAUUUCAAAAAAAAGAAAAGAAAAAAGAAAUACAACAGCAGGGCAGUAAAUCAGUGUAGGAUUCAAAAAGAAACAGAAUCAUCAAUGUCAAACACCUGACCCAAAAACAGAACAAAACACUCACUGGCCAGAAUGAUUUUAUACUUCUUCCUGCCUUUUCUGAGUAAACCAAAAUCUGUUCACCUACCCAUCAACUCAAAGUACCUUUCCUAAAGUCCAGGGAAUAUUUGUUACUUAACGCACAGUUCAAAUUACUGCUAUGUCUCAGUUUAGAUGCUUUCCCAGAGUCUUCUUUUUUUUCAAUUUUAUUAGAAAAGAGCACAUUUAAAAAUAAUUAACAUUACGAGUAAGAAGUAUUAACUGUGACUAUAGAAAAGGAUUCACUUUACUUAUUUGAUCUUAUUUACAGUCUGACUAAAUGCCUUCAGCCAAUAAUGAAAGUGUGACUAGUCUGGAUUUCAAAGUGAAAAUGGAGUGCUCAGCACCAGAAAACUGGUCCCCAGGUUGUGCUGUAGCAGAACACAGAGCAGUUCAAGACAUGGCACAAAUCUCUGUAUGAGAGGGCUAGAGGCAGAGGGGGCUGGAGCUGGGAACACCCCUCCUCCUGUCCCAGCACACAUAUGUAUGAGGAUGGAAACAGACCUGUACUGCGCAGGGGCAGCUCCAUCCCUGGGGUUGUAGAGCCAGAGAUUUGCAUCAGUUGGAGGGCAUCUCUGGAAAACAGAUGGUAUGUCCUCCUCUUUGUGUGUGUGUGUGUGUGUGUGUGUGUGUGCGCGCUCACGCAAUUUUUUUAAGGGAAAAGACUAAAUCAAUGAUUUACAUAAAGAUUAAUAGUGAUAUUUCCAACAGGUCAGUCAAAUAAAUAAAUGAGUACAUACACAAAGGUUUUAAAGACUUGAAAUAGCUUUGACUUGACAGAGUGCCUCCAGUCACCUACAUCAAAUUCAGUUGCUACCAAACCAAAAUUAGCCAUUACUGGAUUUAACAAUAGCACAGUUCUCCCACACUGUAACAAGGACCUGUUCAAAAGGGGAAAUAGGAACUUCAGAAACAUUCUUCUGCUGUCAUUAGAAAAUCCAAACUGUUAAAUUUUGAAAAGUCUCAAGAGGUCUACUGAUAUUAAGCCCUUAUGCAGUUUAGUUUCAAAUAUGUGGUAUGCCCUUCUCAUGGAAAAACUUAUUUUUGAACAAAUGCAUGAGAUGUAGCAGACAGGAAUACUUACUUACUAGCAAGGCAGUGAGGUUUGAUCAUGCUAAUAGUUUCCUUUCUGCAGAACUGUAAAGGAUGGAAAUGAGUAUUAUUCCAGACAAGCUUCAUGAUAAGGUAGAGGAGACCAUUUUGUAAAAUCAUUAAGAACAAUUUGUGUGAAUGACUAAAAGCUACAACAGAGCUUUGCAAUUAUAUAAUUUUGCAAUUUUUCAUGCAAGUCAGCAAGUGUGUUUCAGAUUUCCAUCUAAUGCCUUUGCACUGUUUCAUACAGACUCAGAAUGUUACCUGUCUAAAGAAUUAUAUAUGUUGCUACAGUGACAAGAAUUACUCCAACCCCACUUUCAUAUGAAUAACAAGGAAAUGCUUACUUCAAGUAUCUUUAAAAUGGAUCAGACAGAGUGAGAACCACAGUUUUCCACAGUGUUUUUCAGCUAAGUAGCAUGACAUCAGCCUGAUCAGAAGACAUCCAAUUUUGUCAAAACUUACCUUUUACAAUACUACAUGGCUACUGUACCUGUUUCUCAGUGGCUUAGUCAGUACACCUUGUCAGUUAAUCCCAAACUAGUAGAAGCAUAUGCAUUUAAUUAUAGGUUUUUUUCAGUGAAGUUUGAAUUCUUACUAAAUGCUGCGGACACAGCAGGUUCUGGAUCUACUGACGGAAGAAAGUAACAACAGGGAAAAGCCUGACAAUUCACGUUGCUUGGUUUCCUGGGGUUUUUGGUUUGUUGCUUGCUUUUAAUGCACCUAACUCUAACCUGGUCUCUGAAGAGCUCAAAAAACUUGCAAGGAAAACUAUUCAUUCAAAAAAAAAAGUUUAACAGCUCUGCCUCCAUAUAUGGGGCUCUCUUAAUGUGUGUAAGUUUCUCCUCUGUGACCUCUUCUCUCCAUCACCUGAUUUGCUGUUACAAGGAACAACUUUUAAUAUGUAAUAGCUUGUUGCAAUAUGUAGCAAGUUACCUUCUUUACUUUUUUACUUGUUUGUUACUAGUGCUUACAGGAGUUGGGUGCCUGCGCAGUAGCCCUCAGGGGGAUUUUGCUGGCUUUCCCCAGGUUCGCCCAGAAAGGCCUGUGACAAUCUGGACUGAGUGCAAAAAGGGGAACACAGAUUAAAUUUACAAGGUCCUUUUCAAGGUGACAGACAUAUUUUUCCUCUGUUUGCAACAUAUACUAAAUAAAUAUUCUUCUCUUGUUGGUAGUGUUUUGGUAAGGAAAAACCUA